AUGGCUCAAUUAACUAUAAGCCUCUUGAGUUUGAUCAUAACCGCGACAUUUCUAGUUCUAUUGCCUCGUCCCAUCACGGGCCUCAACGAUUCCACGACUACAACCAUAAAGGCAAAGGAGUACGUGGAAGCCCAAUGCGAGGGCACCCAAUUCCCAAUAACAUGCGUUCAAUCUCUUACGCUCUAUGUAAAGAAGACCCCUAAAAGCCCGCAAGAGUUAGCCCACAUAGCCCUAAGAGUGAGCCUUUUCAAGGCUCGUAGUGCCAUGGCCUAUAUGAAAUUUGUCGUGGAACAAGUAAACAAAACCAGUUCCAAUCGUCCCGAUGUAUACCUAGCUGUGAAGGAAUGUUACAAUCAGAUCAGCGAUGGGGUGUACCAACUUCACAUGUCACUUGGAGAGAUUGAGAAAAUCGACAGAGGUGGAAAGGCCGGUUUCAUGUGGCACAUGAGUAACAUCGAUAGUUGGAUCAGUUCGGCUUGGACUGAAACAUCCACUUGCGUGGAUAACUUCCCAAGCCGAGCCAUGGGAGGAAAGGUGAAGGCUACUAUUAGGGCUAAGGUGGUGAAUGUGGGUGAGUCGAUCAGCAAUGCACAAGCAUUGUUCAACCGAUUUGUCUCCAAGCAUCGUGUCACGGGCGCAGAAGCAAAACCAUAA